AUGGCGAUUCUAAGCACACUCUCUGGCUGGGUCGCAGUCAUCGCACUCGGAGGAGGCUACUAUUACUAUGUAAAGGAGAAGAAAUCGCCGGUGACCGCGGCGAAACAAGCGAUCAAUGCCAUUGAUACGAAGGAGUCGAAACCGAAGAAAGCUCCAGCGAAGUCGGAAAAGGCUGCCAAAAAGAAGACGCAGCAACCUGCCUCUAAAAACGAGAAAGAAGCAGACCAGGGCUUCAGUACCGCAGUUUCCAAUGAUCGCGAUGAUGAGGUCGACAACAAAGAGUUUGCUCGACAAAUUUCUAACAUCAAAUCUGGCCAUGUUCCAACCAGCAAAGCCAAAACCGAGAAGAAGCAGAAAUCAGUCAAGCAGUCAAAGGCGCAGGAGAGUAAGACUGCCGCUGAAAGCUCUGAUAAUGCUGAUGUCCCAUCUUCCGCUACAGGAGGUGACGCUGAUGACGACGAAUCAUCAGUAAAUUCCCCUGAGCUCAAGGCCAGCGCUGACACCACGCCCGUCACGAGCGGCGGCGUCUCUGAUAUGCUCGAAGCACCAUCUUCGGGACCAUCGGUCUUGAAAAUCACCGAAUCUACGAACCCAGCUAAGCCGAAGAAAUCCAAGCCUCAAACCUUUGAGGCUGUCGAGUCGAAGAAGGCGCGACAAAAUCGCAAGAAAGCAGAGGCUGCAAAGGAGGCCCGAGCAGACGAGGAGAAAGCGAGAAAGGUACUUGAAGAAAAGCAGCGAAGGACCGCGAGGGAAGCUGAAGGCCGCGCCGCCAAGGAUGGAAGCGUUUUCAUGGCCUCCAAGGCCCCUUCUCAGUCUGCUUGGGUUCCUCCAGCCACCACUCCUGAAGUCAGCGGUACCACCAAGGGUGCCAAUGGCACCAACCCAGCCGACACACAUAUCCAACUCUUGGAUACAUAUGAGGCUCCAUCCAAGAACGCCGAGACAUCAUCCCAAGGUCAGACAAAAGGCGGCGAGUGGCAAAAGACAUUACCUUCCGAAGAGGAACAAGUUCGCAUUGCCAUUGAAGAGUCCGACGAGUGGCAAACCGUCAAGGGAAAGAAACAGCAAGAGAAGCGGAAGGCGGCAGCACCAGCACCCGUUGAGCCAGUUGCGCCAGCCAAGGAGAAGGCUGAUUUCAGCACCGUAGCUGCCAGCGAACCCACUGAUGCUGGUCAGAAGUGGAAGAACACGAGCUCGCACACCAGCAAUGGUGUUGCCGAUGAGAAAGAGGAGGACUUCGAAGAUUCCGAAUGGGAAGUUGCGUAG